AUCGGCCGUGUGAACAGCAAAAGCUCUCGGCCUCAUAGCAGCUUGCAGACUUUCAAGUAUACAGCACACAACCAAGAGAUGAAGACCUCGACAAUCGCGACGAUGGCAGCAGCGCUCCUAGCCAGCACUGCGACCGCCAACAACACCACAACUACGAACACCACCACGACGGUCUCGGGAUGCUGGGAAGUGAGCGUGAUGCAGGACGCCACGUACUGUAUCGAGGGCCCUAUUUGCAGCGGCUCCGGUCUUGAGCCUACGGGAUCCAACUGCCCCGUCAAGGGCGACGUGGCCACAGCCGACUGCCACGACUACCUGGCCAGCCACUCUGGCGAUGGCUCCUGUGUACUGCCCGCGGAUUCCACGUGCCAAGUGAUCAAGACUGGCGCCUGGGGCUGCGUGCUCUCGUCGGGCGGCAGUGCCAGUGCCGAGGGUUCCGUUGAGGCUGGAAGCGGCAGCGCUGCCGCCAACGUCUCUGUCCUGGCAGCCGCGGAGAGCGAGCAGAAGUCCGGCGGCGGUACGUCGGCCAGUUUAAUUGCCGCCAUCGCCGUUGGUGCGGGCUGCGUUGCGGCUGUGGCCGGCUUUGCGCUGUACAAGCAGUACGAGAAGCACUCGGCUGAGGAUGCGGAGCGGGCCUAUCAGCACACGUUCGUCGACGUCGUUACCCCGUAAAUGGGAUUGCGAGGGGGUCGAGCAGAAGGCGGUAGGACGCCUACGGUCUGUUACGCUUGGACGCGUCGCGAUAUGAAGAAGGCUGUCGCGUUUGGAUGAUCUCUCGGGCGUGUCGAGCUGUCGAUCCCUAGCAGCUACUACAUGUAGUUCGUAGUCUUCUUCGCAUAUUUUGGAUCUAUUUUUUUAAUAUGACACGCUUGUGGGUGACUUUCAAUCGCUGCAUUGUGGAUCUGAUUUCACA